GUGCUCUAUCAGCUGUUAGCUGUUAUUUAAUACAUGCUUUUACACAUUCUUGUGCCGAUUUUAUAAAUUUGUUAAUGAAAAUGUUCCGCAACCAAUUGGGCAAUCUGUCGCGUGUAUCUUCGCAGCUGCAGCGCAUAAGCCGUGUGGAAUUGAUGUCCACAGAAGUCCAGCCGGCAGAAUCAGCCAACUCGGUUAUCAAUGAGUUCCGUACGGCAGUAACAAGCCCCGGUGAGCACUCGGCGCUGCAACUGGCUAAAUUCUACAAAAUACCCGCGGAAGAGAAAAAACAAAUCUUUGCCGGUGGCGGUCUGCCCAAGCAGUAUGAGCAACAAAUAAAAACCUUUACGGAGGCAUGCCUCAUGGUGCGGCAACCGGCGCUGGAGUUGCUUAACUAUAUAAAAAAUGCAGAUCUGAGCAAGCCAGCAGUGCGUUAUGUUAUCUAUGGAGACAAUGGUGUGGGCAAGACGCUAACGAUGGCACACGUACUGCACUAUGGAUCGUUGAACGACUUUUUGCUGGUACAUGUGCCCUGGGCGCCCAACUGGACCAAGCGCCCCAAGGAGUCUACCAAUUCGAGCACACAAGAAGGCUUCAUUGACUUGCCUUUCGAUGCUGCCGCGUGGCUGGUGCACUUUAAAACGCAAAACGCCAAGCUCCUGCAGAAAUUACAGCUGAAGACAUCCAAGGAAUACGUGUGGAGCAAACGUGAAAGCACGCCGGCCGGUGCAACGCUUGUCGAGCUUAUUGAGCAUGGCAUUGCGCGCAUUAAGUACGCUACGGAGACGACGGCAGCGCUUAUUUCAGAGCUGAAACUGCUUUCUACGGGUGGACAAUGCAAGGUACUGGUAGCCAUUGAUGGCUUCAAUGCCUUCUUUCAUCCAAUUACGCGCAUCUUCUCUGACAACAAGCAACUCGUUACACCAGAUCGCAUUACGUUAACGCAACCUUUUCUGGAUAUAACCAAGUACGACUGGACCAAUGGCAUUUGUGUGCUGUCCGUGGAUAAGAUAGCCAUGACCGAGGGCUAUAUGGACUCUUAUAUGCCACGUUAUCUGCUGGGCAAGACGGGCUUUGAGCAUCUCGAUCCGUUUGUGCCCGUGCAUGUGACUAACUACACGGAUAAGGAGUUCUUAAGCUGCAUUAAUUAUUAUAUGGAUCGUCACUGGAUUACAAAAACGCAGCCCGGCUUUGAGGAGCAGCUAAAGUUUAUGAGCAAUCAUAAUCCUUAUACGCUAAUGCAAAUUGUACGUGGGCUGUAAUUAAGCGUGAUGCUGCCUGUUGCUUGUAGUUAAAGUUGUGAAAAUUAAUUUAAUUAAAAAUAAACACGAAAAUUAAAAAAUCA